GUUUUUGCUUUCUUCAGAUGGCUAUUUUGUACCUCUGUUUAGUUUCCAUAAUUCCUUGUUAUUAAGUUAUAUCACACUUCUCCUGCUUCUGCAGAGUCAAACUUAUAUAUAGAUCUCUGCUUUACCAAUAUGUUUGUUACAGGUAUGCUUAACUUAUAUGACGUUCAUUUGUUUUCUCCUCCAAAGUCCCUUGGAUGACUUAUCAACCCUUAUUUGUUAUUUGGAGCUCAGGAUCAAUCAAGCCAUUUCUGUUAGUCUGAACCUAUCAGUUUUAAAUUAUGUUUUUUAUUUAAUGCUUAUUUUUGUAUUCCUAAAGCAAAUGUAGAUAAGAGAAGAAUUAUGAUACCAUAUCAUUGUGAUACUUAAGAGAAUGUUGUUAUAUUAUGUUUCUAUGGAUUGAGCACUCACACCGCAGUCAUAAUCAACUUGUUCAUUUUAUUUUCUCACUGGAAAAAAAAACAUGUUAAUAUCAAGGUUCUGCACCCACAUAUCUGUUUGUUUGUUCCUGUAGUAAGUCAUUGCAGAUUUUUUUCUGUAGAACUCUCUCUAUUCUAUCUGUUCCAUUGAUUGGUAGAGUAUGUAUGUGUACAUAUCAACAUAUGAGUUUAUGGGCCUAAUGGGCCUCAAAACCAUGCACAUGCACAAGUACACAGCCUAACAGUUUUUCAAACUAGAGUCUCAGACGAUGGUGUUGAAGUUUAGUCAACCUUAGCAAAAAUGUGGGUUAGAUACUCGCAUGUUUAUGAAAGCUGGAGAAAAAUUAUGCAUACUUUUCAUUAAUUGCUUUACAAAUUACACAAAAUUCAAAAUUCUGUGGUGGUUCAAAUAGUUGUCACAAAGUUGUCGAUUCAAAACUAGCAAGCCAACAGAGAUGGUUAUAUUGAUUAUUGCAUACUAACAUGGUGGGGACAAACGUGUUUUUUUUUUUUUGUAAGAGGCUCAUAACUUAUUGCCACAUCAAUAAAUUCUUCGAGAAGUUCACAAUAUCAGUAAAAUGUUCCUGUUCUUUGCUCAGGGAGUACUCUUAGCCAACUUAUAGGUUCUUCUUACAGUAUAAUGAUUUGAAUAGUUUCUCUCUGCAGCAGCAAGAAGGAAUACUGGCAUAUCAUUUUUUCCAUGUGCCUUGAACAGUCAAUGCUGCUUCAAUGUCUCUACAUAAUCAUUUUGUGUCAUGCUGUCCUUUUCAGUGAAAUAUAUUUUUUAUGCUUGUAAGUGUAAUCCAGUCCUCAAGCCUUGCAAAACAGGCCAAAUGUUGGAAGCCAAAACAAUCUUGACUCUUUCAUAGUCCAUGAGGUCUGCAGCUAGCUGACCAGAUUUUUUAGUACUAAACCAGAAUUGUUAGACAUUGUAGGAAGCACCCUAACCUGAAUCCUUAAUUGUUUAUGAUGCCAUCUUCCUAUAUGCCAAGACAUGUGGAGCUUCAGGGAAGCGGAUUAAACAAGGAACCAUGGCAUCAAGUGAUAUCACAGCCGGCAUUGCCAGGCAAUUGACAUCUCAGGAAGUACCAAACAAGCAUUAGAAGCCAGAAUUGGAGUAACAGAUAAACUACCCUCUGCAACCAAAUCCCAUUUGCCUUCCCUGUGGCUCACCAUGUCCAAGCAUGGUUUCCUGUUCUUCCUCCUCUUCUUUGUGCAACACCUUCACACCAUCAUCUCUUUGCUUGAUUCACCUGGAGGAAGCUUAGCAUCACUUCCAGAAUGGCAGCCCAUGCCAUGCAAGUCUGUAUCUGUCAACCCCUUAUGCAGCUCAUACCUCUAUGUCACCCCAGAAGGGCGCAAUUUGUCCAAAGUAGCCUCUGAUUUCAGUGGGAAUGCAUCUCUUUUCCAGCGGAUCACACGGCUCUCUGGUUCAGAGGACUUGCUGGUGAAUGUGCCGUGUGUGUGCGAAGCGAUCAAUGCCACCAUGACUGGUCUCUUCCAUGACACUAACUACAGGGUGAAGGAUGGCGAUAUGGGUGACAUUAUCAACAGCAAGACUUUCAGUGGGCUCGCGUUGAAUGUUGGUGAUGGUCAGAUCCUGCACAAAGAAGAGAAGUUGAUCAUUCACCUUCCAUGUGGAUGCUCCUCGACAGCGCCAGAGGGAGUGUUGUCUUAUGCAGUUCAGGAUGGAGAUACCUUGGGCAACAUCGCAAGCUUGUUCAGAUCGAGUUGGAAAGAUAUCUUGGAUUUGAACCCAAGAGUCGCAAAUCCUGAUUUCAUAAAGCCAGGAUGGAUCUUGUUUAUCCCGAUGGGAGUUGCUGGUCCUUCUAACAAGAAGGUUCGUGGCUUACCAAUCAUAAUAGCAGCAUCCAUAUCAGUUGCCAUGUUGCUCCUAUGUGUGUUAACCAUCAUACUUUGCCUGAAAAGGAGAUCUACUCUGCCCAGUGUUGAAGCACCAGCGCAUAAAAUGGAGAAAAUUCCCAGUAAUACAAGCAUUGCUGCACUGGAGAGUCGUUUCUAUCCAUCCAUGAGAAUCAAUGAAAUUGAUCCAUUCCAAACAGAGAGGCCUGUGAUUUUCAGCUUGAGAGCAAUUGAAGAUGCUACAUCUAAUUUUGAUGAGAAGAGGAAGAUUGGUGAGGGAGGAUAUGGAAGUGUCUACCUCGGUUUCAUAGGAACACACGAAAUAGCAGUCAAGAAGAUGAAAGCAAGCAAAUCAAAGGAGUUCUUUGCUGAGUUGAAAGUGCUGUGCAAAAUACAUCACAUAAAUGUGGUUGAAUUGAUUGGUUAUGCUGCUGGGGAUGAUCAUCUUUACCUCGUUUAUGAGUAUGUCCAGAAUGGAUCGCUUAGUGAACAUCUCCAUGAUCCUUUGCUGAAAGGCCACCAACCUCUAUCAUGGACUGCAAGAACACAGAUAGCAAUGGACUCUGCACGUGGUAUUGAAUACAUCCAUGAUCAUACAAAGACCUGCUAUGUGCACCGUGACAUCAAAACCAGCAAUAUUCUGCUAGACAAUGGUCUACGAGCUAAAGUUGCAGAUUUCGGCUUGGUCAAGCUCGUUCAGCGUAGUGAUGAAGAUGAAUGUCUGGCAACUCGUUUGGUUGGAACGCCAGGCUACCUUCCACCAGAAUCAGUUCUUGAGCUUCACAUGACUACCAAAUCCGAUGUGUAUGCAUUCGGAGUAGUUCUUGCAGAGCUUAUUACUGGUCUCCGUGCACUUGUACGGGACAACAAGGAAGCUAACAAGACAAAAUCUCUAAUCUCAAUCAUGAGGAAAGCAUUCAAACCAGAAGAUCUGGAGAGUUCCCUGGAGACAAUUGUAGAUCCCUACCUGAAGGACAAUUACCCCAUAGAAGAAGUUUGCAAGUUGGCAAACAUUUCGAUGUGGUGCCUCAGUGAGGAUCCACUGCACCGCCCUGAAAUGAGGGAGGUUAUGCCGAUUUUGGCUCAAAUUCAUAUGGCUUCCAUAGAGUGGGAAGCAUCACUCGGAGGCGAUGGUGAAGUCUUCAGUGGCGUUUCCAAUGGUAGAUGAUGGAGCAGCAUUGCUUUGGUAAUUGGUACAGAGAAGAAUGCACUCCUUGUUUUUAUUAAUUUGGAGAGCUAUUUGUUGUAGUGCAUUUUGGGAAUUUAUAUACUGUGUUCCUCACUAACUGUUGAUGUAAUAUGUUUAUAUUGGACACUCCCUUUCCAAGCAGUUUCAGUAGCGACCAAAUUAGUCAUCAAAUUCUUUAAA